AUGGGACAGGCACUUAGUGAGCACCAGCUUUAUGUUUCCCAGCUCAAGGAAGCUCUUAGGACACGCGGAGUUAGGGUUAAGUCCAAGGACCUCUUUUUAUUCUUUGAUUUUGUCCAAGAAACAUGCCCGUGGUUCCCUAAAGAAGGAACUAUUGAUGAAAAACGCUGGCAGAGAGUGGGAGAUGCUGUCAAUGAGUUUUACCAAGUUUUUGGGCCUGAAAAGUUUCCCGUAACGGCCUUUUCAUAUUGGAAUCUUAUUAAUGAUCUGUUGGCUAAGCAAAAAACUGAUCCUGGCUUACAACAUGCUAUCUCCCAUACUGAAAAUAUCCUUAAAAGUGCCCCCUCCAGUGUAGCUGAGACUCCCUCUUCCAGGGCUUGUGGUGAGGACCUAAUUUCAUCCCAUAGUGAGGAUGAAGAAAUUUCGCCCCCAAAACAUGCGACAGGGGUCCCCAACCCUUGUGAUGAGACUAAUCCCCAAAGUAAUGUGCCCCCAGUGCCAGAUGGUGCCCCCCAACCUGCCGGCACCCCCGUAAAGGAGCCCCGUCCAAAUACACUUCCCCCAUGCAAAAGCCUCUACCCUUCUCUGCCGCGACCCCGCCGUAGGUCUCCUUCGGCUUCCGAGGUAGACUGGGACGAGUUGGCAGAACAAGAGGUGGUUGAAACCACCAACGCCCAGGGCGUUGUUCAACGUCAUCAUGAGCCUCAUAAUUUCCGCAACGUUAAAGAACUAAAAGAGGCAGUGUCCCUUUAUGGAGCCACGGCGCCCUUCACCCUCACUGUUUUGGACACCUUAGCCCAAUCCUCUCUCACUCCGUCGGAUUGGUACUCCCUGGCAAAGGCCACCCUUUCUGGGGGCGAUCACCUCCUUUGGAAGGCUGAGUUUAUUGAUAAUUGUAAGGUUUUUGAAAGACAAAACCGCGAGGCCCGCAAUGGAUGGACCCUUGAAAUGCUAAUUGGAGAAGGCAAUUAUUCUGAUCAAAAUAACCAAAUCAAUUUUCCACCCGGCCUUUAUGCCCAAAUUAGUGUUGCUGCCCUUAGUGCACGGCGCAAACUUCCCUCAAAAAACAAUACAGGUACCCCCUUAAUUAAAAUACGUCAGGCUUCCAGGGAACCCUAUUCUGAUUUUGUUGAUCGCCUCCAAACUGCUGCAGAACGCAUGUUAGGAGAUACGGCUGGAUCCUCUGACUUUGUCCGUCAACUGGCCUUUGAAAAUGCUUCUCCUGCCUGUCAGGCCGCUAUAUGUCCCAUUCGCCGGACCACCUCUACCAUUAUGGAUUAUGUCCGUGCGUGUGCAGACAUUGACCCUGCCUACCAACAAGGACUGGCCAUGGCCGCUGCCUUCUCGGGACAGACGGUCGCCGCUUACGUGUCUGGCCAAACACAAGCUCAGGUUACUUGUUUUAAAUGCAAAAAACAGGGCCAUUUUGCUAGAAAUUGUCCCUCGCCUGCCUCUCCCGCGGUAUCCCGUUUGUCUCCGUUUCCCUUCACUAAUCAACAACCUCAAACCACGGCUACUACUACCUCCGCUUCUUCCCGACCCUCUCAACUCUGCCCACGCUGUCGUAGGGGUUACCAUUGGGCCCGCGAAUGCCGCUCCCUCACUGACUCAGAUGGAAAUCCCUUACCCCCCCCAUUCGGGAAACUUCAAGCGGGGCCAGCCCCAGGCCCCGCAACAAACAAUGGGGUUCGUUCCAUCGACGACCAGUCCCACCCCGAUAAGUGGCCAACUUCCCGAGCCACCUCAGGUAGCGCCAGAUUGGACCUCUGUGCCGCCACUGCCACAUUAUUAACUCCAGAAAUGGUCCCACAGGUGUUAUCCACCACGUCCAAGGGACCGCCCCCGGUGGGCACCUAUGGCCUCCUCCUCGGCCGUUUCUCUCUCAACCUCCGGGGCCUGCAUGUCUUUCCUGGAAUCAUAGAUCAAGACUUUACGGGCACCCUUUCGGUUGUUGCCUCCACAUCUCUCCCAUUACAAAUCCGCCAGGGCCAAAAAAUUGCCCAGUUGGUUCCUCUCCCCCUGUUGUCUGGCCGCGACAACAAACCCUUCCUCAUUGAGGGUCGCGCACUAAUGUCACAGAUGUCCUUUGGGUUCAGCCCGUAA